AUGUUUACCAACAAGCUGCUGACCCUGGUGCUGGUGGUGCAGCCUGGACGGGUGCUGCUGGGCAUGAAGAAGAGAUGGUUCGGAGCAGGGAAGUGGAAUGGGUUUGGUGGCAAUGUCCAACCUGGGGAGACUAUUGAAGAGGCUGCCAGGCGAGAACUGCAGGAGGAAAGUGGCCUCACAGUGGAUGCACUUGAUAAGAUUGGAAUAACAUUUGAAUUCAUCGGAGAACAGCUGCUUGAUGUGCAUGUUUUCCGAGCUGACAACUACAACGGGGAGCCAACAGAGUCAGAUGAGAUGAGGCUGCAGUGGUUCGACUCGGACAAGAUACCAUUUGGUCAAAUGUGGGUUGACGAUAUUCUGUGGUUUCCACUGAUGCUUCAAAAGAAGUUCUUUGGCUACUUCAAGUUUCAUGGUCAUGACUUGAUCAUCGAUCACACGUUAGAGGAGGUAGAAAAGCUUUAAGACCGACUACUGACCUCGGACUCAUUCAUACUGUAUCAAAGAGCAUUACCACAUGUUGUCUACCUGAAACAUCCCUGGAGAAAUACUGCAGAAUUCCUACUGAUUCCAGCUACCCUUGUUCAUAUUCAGUGCCAAGAAAUCCCCAGGUCUUUGUAGAUUUACAAACCCUUUGUUGCCAGUGAACAUAUGCCUGUGAAUCAGUCAAAUUAAUUCCCACUGAGCCAAAACCUAAAUACUGGAUGUGUAAAUGUUGCUGACAAAUGUAUCCCAUUCCACUGUGUUUAUAUUACAUUUCUAAAGUAUGUGCGAAUGCAGUGUUCUCUUUAGUAAAGUAUGCACCUCUUUUUUUGUUACUUAAUUAUUU